AUGCCAUUUCCAGCCCGACAUCCCCGGCCCCAGCAGCCCCGGAAACGUACCAAGACCUUCACAGGCUGCUGGACCUGCCGCUCUCGCAAGAUCAAGUGCGAUGAGACCAGGCCGAUAUGCAGUCAGUGCUGUGCUAAAGGUCUAGAGUGUGAGGGCUACGGGGUGCGCUUGCAGUGGUUGCCUCCUGCUACUGACGCGGACAGUCUUCACGCUGAGCUCCCUGCUGCGGUUGCUGGUGCGCGGUCGCUGAGGCGGCUUGUUCCAAUUGAGCUCCCGGCAGCCGUCCUGGGGUGGAGUCAAAUUGAUGACAUUCUGUGCUAUAUUGACUCGAUCGCAUCUAUCAUUCCAGCUGGUGACAAUGCUCAUGUCCACCAUUUCGGCGUCUUCAGCAUUCCACAGCAGCGGCGAUCGCUGUCAUCCUCGCCCUCUGCAGCACUGACUGAACUCCAGACUCUACCACAAUCUGAUGAGGAUGAGCAGGUUGUUUGGCCGGGUGUUUUGGACGUUGGUGCAUCAUUCUCCCUACCGACCGGGUCGCCAGCAGACUAUUCAGACCCCUAUUAUUCUGAGGCUGACGCCGCCUGGGGCUUGUGCCGCCUCCACGACAACCUUGGCUUCUCUUCAGACUUCACCCAGCAGGAGGAGCUAAAUGCUUCGACGGUCUUCUCGGAACUCGACUACAGCUUGCCUGAAUACACGGUAAAUCGCCCACAAAUCGGUGAACGCUCCCACAUACUCGAAGGCGCAACAAUCCCUGCCGAAGACGUCUGCCCUGAAACGACCGACAGUGCAGACAAGACCAAGCCGCACAUUCAUCCGUCUAUUAUAGAACCCCCCAAAGCCCUUGUUGUCCCGGCGCACGAACAACUCCUCAUGGAACACUAUCGGAACCGGGUAGUUAAUCUCUUCUGUGUUAUUGACAACGCCAAAAGCCCAUGGAAGACCAUCCAUCUCACCCGUGUCCUCCAGUGUGCCGGGGAACUGAGUUUCGGAGGCAAGACUACGACAAUUCGUAACGCGCUGAGAAACGCCUUGUUGGCGAUUAGUGCGUUCUGCCUCUCGAACGAUCACCGAUCUGGUCAGCGGCUCGAAGAUGCGGAGAAAUGGGAGACCAUUGCGUCACGGUAUCGCUGUGAUGCUAUUGGGUUGCUGAAGGACGCGGUCCAGAGUCAUCUUCAUCAGGAGGAACGGCCGAAGUAUAAAGAGUUUGUUGCGACGACAUUGUCCAUGAUUACGAUCAAUGUCAUGUCCGGCGACACAAGCACCUGCGGGAUGCACCUUGACGGCGCCGAACAGCUCAUCAGCUACAUGAGCGCUCGCAAGACCCGGUUCUCAAAUAAGGCCCGGUCCCUGCAUCGCAUAUACCUGUAUCUCCGGGUCAUAUACGAGAGCACGGCAGUCCGGCGACAUAGAACGGACAGCUCCCGCUUCUCGCCGUCCUUCGGUUCACGACGAACAGUCGGGCCUCGACCGGUGAUUGCACGAGAGCAUAUCCUCCUUGCAGAUGACGAGUCCCCUUCAAUAACCAAAUGUCUGGCACCGCCCCUUUCAACCUCAACUGAGUUAUUGUCGUACGAGUGCAUCUAUGGAGUCCCGCAGAACCUUCUCCUCCUACUAAAGGCGUGCAUCGAGCUCAUCGACGAGGUGGAGGACGAGCGCACAAAAUCCGGAACCCUCAAUAUCCCCGAGUCCCUAAAUCGGCUAUGUGAUGACCUCGAGCGCGAAAUACUUGACUGGCCUCUUGAAGACCACGAACCCCGCGAACACCAAAAUGCUGCACCCGCAACCGCAGCUAGCAGCAGCAGCAGCAGCGCAAAAAUCAUCUUCCACCAAACCCGCGCCUUCCUCAACGCCCUCAUCAUCUACUUCUCGCAAAGCAUCCGGCUUCUCGGGUUCCGGUACCUGCGGCAAUAUGUACAGGCCGUUCUCGAGAGUAUCGAGGCAAUUGAGGAGAUCAAAGCAGAGACGAAAAUCAUUGCGGCGCCGCUGUUCUGGCCUGCAUUUAUCGCCGCCACUGAGGCCUUUGAACCCCUGCACCAGGAGCGGUUUCGGGCCUGGUACGACCGCGUUCAGGUCUAUGGGAUUGCAAGCGUGAGGACGGGGAUUCAGGUCAUCCAGGAUGUUUGGAGGUCUGGGUUGGCGAAUUCGAAUCGCCAGAUGCAGUGUUCUUGGCGGGAUGUUGUUGAGCGGACGGGGGAUUGCCUUAUGCUGACCUAG